AUGAAUACAAAAUUUCUUUUGCUUUAUCCCGCAAACACCAGACAACUACAUGAGAAGCGCUUUCAGAUGCGUGAUGUACCUGACAUGCAAUGGUUCGAUUCGGUUGCGUCAAAGAGGGAUGCUGGCUACUGGAAUGACUGCGAGUUCAGCCCAAUGAGUUGUCUGUUGAGAAGGCGGCGAUCCGCGGAAGUAAUUUCAUUAUAA